GCAAUGACGGUUUUCUUUCCUCUUGACACAGCCCGGCUCAGGCUGCAAGUUGAUGACAAGCGGAAAGCCAAAUCUACCCCAGCCAUUCUGUCUGAGAUCAUCAAGGAGGAGGGUCUAUUAGCUCCAUAUAGAGGCUGGUUUCCAGUGAUCUGCAGCCUUUGUUGCUCAAACUUCGUCUACUUCUAUUGUCUCCAUAGUCUGAAGGCCACCUGGCUGCAAGGUCAGAGGUCAACACCGGGACGAGACCUCAUUUUUGGCAUUGCUGCAGGUGUAGUGAAUGUUCUUGUGACCACUCCGCUCUGGGUAGUCAAUACCAGACUGAAACUGCAGGGGGCAGUUUCAGGGGGCAGCAAAUUCAGAAAUGAAGACAUACAUGAUGAUAUAAGGUGA